AAAACAGUUUAACAGUUUUUAUAAGUUGUUUUGGAACAAAAUCACGAUUUUUAGAAACACAGUAUUAUGUUCCAGUUAAUAUUCUCAGACUUUCAUUUCUUAUUUUCUAGUUUCUCUGUUUCCUUGAACGUCCCGCAGUCAUAUUCAACACCAGUUGGUGGCGGCAAUGCACCAGUUCAUACACCGACAUAAGAAGGUGGCGAAGAAGACGGUGGUAUCCGGGCUGUUUGUGGCAGCCAUGCCCAAUAACUAGAACGCUAGGUUAAAAAAUAUAAUCAUUUUGAAACAUAACCUGAGAGAGAAGAGGACACAGUCACGGCGGUGGAUCUCACGUUAAGAUGACUUCAUAGGUAACACCAUGCUCUUGGAGCUCGCAGGAGCUGGAGAUCGACGCGUUUGACCGAGAAGCCACCGCCGCCGCCGCUGCUGCAAUCAUGGGAACGACGAUGAGCGAGCCGUGCAUCUACGACAAGCUCUCUGAAAGCAUCGACAUCCUCCGCCAGUCGGGCUACCGCUAUGGCAUGUCAGAGAGGGAGAUCGAGAGGUUCAUCAAGCAAGUCCUGGAGACCAAUGAGCCCAGGAGAGAGCCUCCCCAGUUCCCCAUCCUGAGAGCCACCAUAAAGUUUGUGGUGGCUGUGUGCUUCUUGCUGAUGGCUGUGCUGGCCUUCACAUACCCCCAGAGUGGCCCUCAGCUCGGUCUGGUCAACUUGGGCUGUUACAACUGGUCAUCUCCUCUCAGCCACGUCCGCCUGCUGUCUCUGCCCAUUGCCAAGAAGUACAACUUGCAAGGUUUUCAUGAAUGGUGGAGUGCUGGCUCCCUCAGACAGAAUCUGGUCAACUGUUCGGGCUGUGCAGAGAUCUCCUCGGUGCUGGAAGUCCCAGAGAGCCUCAGAGGAACUGUGACUCUGCGACGGGGGCCACAUAUCGUCCUGCUGAAGGGUGGGGAGUCCCUCAGUGUCCAGCGGCAGCAGCUUGAGGAGCUCUACUUGGCCCAUUCAGGCUCCAUGUCCAUUCUGCUGGAGGAGGAGGACGGUCUGCAGAACCACAACGUCGGCCUCCCGCAAGGACCUGCCAACUUUACUCUGCUCUGGAGGUUCAGCUCUGGGACCAGGGAGAAGGUGUUGAGGUGGCUCUUCCCAAAGGCUGAGCUCUGCCCCCUGCUGGACAGUGCUGGGACCAUCGUGCAGCGCUGCCUGGUCACCCACAGCACCAACUCCCAGAGCAAGGGUGUCCGGGUGUUUGGCUGGCUGGUGGUGGGCGAGGGCCGACCAACAGUUCGAGUUCUGCCUGUUCAACGCUGUCAGAAACACUGUAGCUCCUUCAACUUGUGGCUGACACCUGGAGACAUGGUGUACGCAGACCCUCGGUACUGGCAGAUGGAGCUGUUCCCCGGCAGAGGCCAGAACAUCAUCUGUGACGGAUCGGCCUUUUAAUCUUCAGGUGGAGCGACGUGAAGGAGGACAGAGUUCAGGACUGCGAGUAUAACAUGCAGAUCAGCUGUGAAUGUGUGACUUCCUGCUGAGGCGUUUUCGGAGCUUGUUGCCCUAUCUACUGAUGCCUUAUAACCCUCUGGUCUUUUUUGUGACGCCGCGCCUGUCUGAAAUUCCUCCCAGUGCCCUUGGAGAACUGGAAACCACUGCACACAUGACUUCAAGGGUCGAGGUCAAAGGAAUGAGAAGUGACUUUUUUUCUCGUUUAUAACAGCAGCGCAUCGUCGGUCUUCUGAAGUGCUCAUGUUCUGGAUUUGAUGUUUUUGUGCCAUAGCUUUAAGCAGAUCUCUAGUAAUUUAAAAAAAAAAGAAGAAAUCAUUGGGUGUGUUUCUCUUUCAGAAGGUAGUGAAACAAGCUUGACAUCAACUUAAAGAGGUCAUACUAUGCUCAAUUUCAGGUUCAUACUUUGAUUUCGGGGGCCCCUUGAGGGAUUCUUAACUGUCCCUCAAUAUUUCAACAGACCACCAUCGACUUAGCUUGAAAAGUCAAUCCACCGUGUGUUGACAUCCUCAGAUCGUGGGAGUAAAUGGAGACGUUUGUGUUGGUUCUUGCAGCCAACAACAAAUUGGUGUGCUUUGCUGGGCAGGACGGUCACCAAGCUGGAGCUGUUGCUGUGUUACAAGUAACAGAAGAAAAGUGAGAACUUAGUAAGCUGCUCUUAGAAACUGCAUUAUGUGUCAACUUGAUGGUUUGAUCAGUGCUGAUUGAUUAGAGCAGAAUAAACCAGCUCCCACACACAACAUAAAAAGAAGGAAACCAACUUAAACAUUCAGUCUGAUCAUCAUGGCACCUGCAGCUCUUCAUAUUAUGAUAAAAUGGUGCAGUUCAAACGUGGAGUUUUGUUAAUUCUGCGUGCUUUAUUCAUGUUGGUGUCGGGACUUGCUGGAUGUUUACUACCUCCUGAAGUGAGACACACCUGCAGCUUCAUUUUCUGCUCACCUUUCCUAGAUGUUAAAAGGGUUAGUUCACCCACUUACAUGAAGAACAAUAAUCUUAGUCAUCUGAUGGUGGUAUUUAGAACACAUUGUCAAUAUUGGAAUUACAAUUUGUCUGAUAUACAUUGUGAUUACUUUCUGUAAAUGAAUUAAAUGAAUCUCAGCUUAGCACAAGCAGUUAAGGGUUCAAGACCUAACCUUUUGCAGCUUGUUGAGACAUUAAUCAUCAAGUUAUUUUGAAAUUGCAGCUCUUGUAACUUAGAAACUACAUAUUUUAAAUUGUGAUUUGAUUUUAAGGCAAAUUUUCAAUCAUUUCAAUUUCUAAUAGUUUCUAUCACAGAAACAUCUUCAGUAUGUUCUGGGGAUUAUCCAGAGUAACAAAAACACUGUUUCUAAAACAUCUUCUAAAAGACAAGAAAUCUCAGAAAUGUCAAAACUUGGACAAAAUUAUCUGACUGGAGAGAGAAUAUGUAUUUUUGCAAUUUGGCUGAACUCACCCUUUUACAGCCAGUUACGUCUCUAAUCAAACACGGCAUCAUCAUCAAGAUCAGCUUCAGAUAUUGUUUAUGUGAUUUUACUAAUUUAUCAGACAACGCGAAGCUGCUUCUCUGAUUUCACUGUUGUUAUUUAUUGUUAUGACUGUAUGUACAUAUAUACAUGUUCAAGCCAUUAAUUUGAAUAAAAAUGUGUUGUAAUAUUAUUAUGCUUUGGUUAACAUCACAAUGAAGCAGUGGAGGAAAUAUUUUGUGCAUAAUCGGGUCGUUACAGAGUCUGAACAAUAUUAAAUCAGUUUGCCAAAGUUGAUGCCUGUCAAAUCUUUUGGUGUUUAAUAGAUGAUCUGCCUCAUUUUGUUUUAGAGUCCCAAACAUCUUCAAAUUAACAAACAUUAUCAGUUGGGAACGAUCGAACAAAAUAAGGGAGUGAAUCUUUUAAAAUGUUCGCUUUGCAUAGAAAUGUCCUAGUUUUAUGAGAAAAUUAAAGCUUGUCAUAUAAUUGCUUC